AGUAGGGUUGUCUCAACAGCAGGAGGAGGAGGAGAGCGGGCAGGAAAAAAAAUGGCGGAGGCAGCGGCAGUAUCACAACAUCGCUUUUUUUGCCACUGUUGUAAAGGGGAAGUCAGCCCAAAGCUACCGGAAUACAUUUGUCCCAGAUGUGAUUCUGGUUUUAUUGAAGAGGUUACAGAGGACUCCAGUUUUCUAGAUUCCGGAGAGGGUAGAAUAGAUGACAAUGCCUCAACACAGUUUGCAGAGCUUUGGAACCAUUUAGACCACACCAUGUUCUUCCCCGACUUUCGACAUUUCCUGAACAGCAGCUCAUUGGACCAAGAUGGCCGGGACCAUGAACGGGGGCAUCAAGCUCAUCCUGACCUGAGGGUGACACGCCGACCCCCUAGACAGCCGAUGACGCGCUACAGAUCUAGAGUUAGCUCGCGGCCUGAUCGAUCCCCAGCAAUAGAGGGUAUCAUUCAGCAGAUAUUUGCAGGAUUCUUUGCUAACCCACCACUACCAGGAGCACCACAUCCAUUUUCAUGGAGCGGAGUGUUGCAUUCGAAUCCUGGAGACUAUGCAUGGGGCCAGAGUGGUUUAGAUUCAAUUGUCACACAGCUUUUGGGGCAGCUGGAAAACACAGGUCCCCCACCUGCUGACAAAGAUAAGAUCUCAUCUCUUCCAACUGUCACCGUAACACAGGAGCAAGUGGAAAUGGGUCUGGAAUGUCCAGUGUGUAAAGACGAUUACUCUGUAUCCGAGCAAGUCAGACAGUUACCCUGCAAUCAUUUUUUUCAUGGGGGCUGCAUCGUGCCUUGGCUAGAAUUGCACGAUACCUGCCCAGUGUGCCGGAAAAGUUUAAAUGGAGAAGACUUAACACGACAGGCUCCCAACUCUGAGGCAUCCGCUAGCAACAGCUUUAGCAGUGACAGCCAAGCGCAUGAUCGAUGGACCUUCUAAUGGCUCAGACCUAGCCUAUCCUACAGUGUAUAAAUGGUUUAAGAAGAGGGGAAGCCCAAAAAUUUGACACUGGGAAUGGAGCAAGACAGGAUGGGCCAUAAAGAGCAACAUCAUGUACAUAGCCUCCUACAGAAUCAAACUAUUACAUAUGCUUUGAGAGGCUCCUACAGACUAUUGUUGCCUGGCUGUUUGCCUUGAGGCUCCUUUUCUUUUCUACCAUUAAACAAUGAUCAGUCGCUUUAAGUUUUAGUGUUAAAAAUGACAAACUGGCAUAUUCCAUCUUUACCUGACCAAUGAUCUGCACAUCAAAUGAAAGGAAGCUGUCACAUGAAGCAAUUUUGCUUCCAGUAAAAGUGACCAUCCACCGCUUUCCUGUCUUCCCUGAAGCAGCCCCUCUCAUAAACUGAGCAAGUGGUUCAAGGGGAAUUUGUAUCUUCCUGUCAGAGCCAUCUGUUCAGAGACCAAGCUAAAGAGAAGCUACUUAUGACGGAUGUUUUGGAAGAGACACUAUUUGCGGUGCUUAUGAUGGUGCUUUCCAGAUUCUCCUCUACAAGCCACAAUAGAAUGAUUAAUUAUAUUCCAAUCGUAACUCACUCCCCCACCUUGUGCCGUUUCAUAAUGAUUUCAGUUUUCUAAUGUUGCUCUGGUUUGCACCCACUUACACCUCACUUCUCCUGUUUGAAGUCAAAAGAAGUGCAUUUUGUUUACUGCACUUCCCUUCCACCUCCUUGUCAACCACAAAACGUGAUGCCUUUCCUCCCCUCUGGUUGUGCGAACAUGAAUGUGAAAAUGGACUAUGUAUAAAUCUAUAAAAAUAACUUAUACCUGGCAAUAUUUCUAAAUUAAGAUAAAUUUGUUCAGACACUGAGAACCACAAGCUGCAGCUGAAUUCCUUUAUAGAGUAAUUUACUGGUCAGUGUCCCAAGAUAAUAGCACUUUGUUUAGCUUGCUUUUUGUUUUUUCUAUUUUUUUUUUUUUAUUAUUUAAAAAAAAAAAAAAAAAAAGAUGAAAUUCUCAGAGGCAGCUCUGAAUUAACACCGUUAUAAACAAUAGCCUAGCAUGCAUAGUGCUGUUUUUUUUAGUGGACAACAGUGGGAUAACUUUGUAAAGUUACUAAGUGUUUUUCUUAUUUUGCUUUGUUACUGUAAAAAAUCUCUCCUUUUUUUACUUUUUAUUAAUUUUUUUUAUUUUUUUACGUGGUGCAAGCCAGAGACUCCAAUGUCUUUAAUCAUUUUUAACAAUCCAUCUUCUCUUGCAAAUUCAAAUUUUAAAAUAUAUUGAUAUGUCACAGAUGUAACAAAAAGGAUUAAUGGCUCUUAACCAAGGAAGACUCUAUUAGCCAAAAUGUUCUGUGAAAGUUCUCAUGAGGUUGUUCCUAAAUAGAUAUAACCUGUUCGCUGUGUUUUACACAUCAAUGUAUUUGCUUAUAGAAGUCUGAUGGAGAAUGUAUUCUGUUCAGUUUCUCAGUACAGCAAAACACUACAGAAAUAGGUGACCAUCAAUUCCGUGGUACAGAUAGUCUUAUGUCCACUUAAACACAUUUUUUUGUUUGUUUUUUAUUUUUAACAGAAUGAGACCAUUUUUAUAGCAUUAUUCAUUUAAUGGCAAUGCACUUUUUUUUUUUUAUAAUCCUAUUUAAUACCCACAGCUUUUGAAUUUCAAUCUUUUACUUUUAAAUCAUGUAGCUUUUCCUCUGUGUCAGGAGACAUGAUUGUACCCAAGCAAUUACAAUUUCUAGAAGUUAUAAACCCAGCCUAUAUAAUAGUGAAGGAUAUGGAGAGCAUUGGUAAAGCCAAAUAGCAAUUUGUGUAAUAAUGGAGAAAAAAACAAUAAAAAUGCUAGACCUUAAUUAUGAAAA